ACAUACGCUCGGAAAAAAAGUGCAAAAACGAGAUCAGUGGAGGUGAGCUUGAUGAGAGCUGGAGACCCAAAGAAGAGUCAAAAGAGGAGAUUCAGAGCCAUAAAACCCAUCUAUAAAUUCAGAAAGAUGCUCUGUCCUUCCUGGCUUAUGGUUGCAGCAGUCUUGUGUGUUCACAGUCCGUGUGUAGACGGCCGCUGCUUGGAUCUGAUCGAAUGCAUGGGCCUAAAAACUAAUGAACAAAAAUUGCAGUGCAUCACGCAGUGCAGAUCUGCACAAGAAUCCUCCAAUCAUGGGGAAGCGUCUUCAUCUGAACAGCAGAACAGUGAGGAAGAGAGCCUCAGUUUGGGCCUGCUCUUAUCGGCUCUGUCCCCUGAUUCGAUCGAGCUCCAAGACCCCACUGGAGAAGCCCCUCACAAUGACGACAGGAGGUCCUACUCCAUGGAGCACUUCCGCUGGGGCAAACCCAUGGGCCGCAAACGCCGACCCGUCAAAGUCUUCACCAACAGCGCUCUGGAGGAGGAUUCGGUGGAAAGCGAGCGCAUGGAGCGAGGGCAGAGCGGCACGCUGGACAUUCAGCCGAGGAACGAUGCUAAGAGCAACGGGAAGUAUCGCAUGACCCAUUUCCGCUGGAACGGCCCACUUAACAAGCGCUAUGGAGGCUUCAUGAGGCUGGAUUCAGAUCAAUCCCACAAGCCCCUGCUCACGCUCAUAAGAAACGUCAUUGUUAAAGACGGACAGCAGUACAGAGAUAAAGAGAGGAAAGAAUAGACAAUAUCUGGUGUUAAAACAUUCAAAUGUGUAACAUUCAACCUUAAUAAAAAGAAAGCUUCCUCUAGACAUUUAAAUACUUGACAGGGCAUGAAACAUUGUCCUAUGAAAGAAAGAAACAAACUCACCAAAUCACUUAUAUAUUAAAGUCAAGGUAUCUCACAUGACAUUUACAAUUCAUUUAGACACCCGACACCAUAACAAUCACCUCUGGGAUUUAAAAAGAAAGUGUACUCAGAAAUGCCAAGUUCCGUAUUUUCCGGACUAUAAGUCGCACUUUUUUUCAUAGUUUGGCUGGUCCUGUGACUUAUAGUCAGGUGCGACUUAAUUAUCAAAAUUAAUUUGACAUGAACCGAGAGAAAACAUUACCGUCUCCAGCCGUGAGAAAGCUCUCUAUGCUGCUUAGUGCUCCUAUAGUCUACACUGAAAACAUAGAGCGCCCUCUCGCGGCUGGAGACGGUAAUGUUUUCUCUUGGUUCUUGGUUCUAAAUAAAUGCGACUUAUAUGUUUUUUUCCUCGUCAUGACGUAUUUUCGGACUGGUGCGACUUAUACUCAGGUCCGACUUAUAGUCCGAAAAAUACGGUAUUUGUCUGCCCUAGAUGUGAUUUACUGUGAUAUACUGUACAUGAAACACAUUAAAAUGAA